AUGGUUGUUUUCGUUAAAACUACACCCUCGUGCGUGUAUACAACCGACCAACAACAUACAAGGGAACUCGGUCAGUUUUGGUAUGGCUUAUACAAUGACAACCAUGAUAUUGCCCUUAUUGGACUGGACCCAAGUAUAAAUUGCUCCGACAUAGUUAAAUUCCUUGGCAAGAAAAGCAUUAGACCAGGUCUGGCUAGUAAAAAGGAAGUCAAAUUGAAGCUCUUCGAGAAGAAAGAGUUGCCUAUAGAAAUAAUCCGCGCAGUAAAAAUAAGAGGAAUACUUUUUGCAGCAACCGGUGUAGAUGUGAAACGUUGUCCAAGAUACAAAACGUUGCUACAGAAUCAAGAUACCAGAUGA